GCUGUGACUGACUCUCCUCCCCCUCGGCUUUAUAGUCACUUCCUCUGCCCCACUCUCCCUUUCCUGUCGGUGCAAGAUGGCGGUGCAGAUCUCCAAGAAGAGGAAGUUUGUUGCUGAUGGCAUCUUCAAAGCUGAGCUGAAUGAGUUUCUCACCAGGGAGCUGGCUGAGGAUGGCUAUUCUGGGGUGGAGGUUCGAGUUACCCCAACCAGGACGGAAAUCAUCAUCUUGGCUACCAGGACUCAGAAUGUCCUUGGGGAGAAGGGUCGCCGGAUUCGUGAACUGACAGCUGUAGUUCAGAAGAGGUUUGGCUUCCCUGAAGGCAGUGUAGAGCUGUAUGCCGAGAAGGUGGCCACCAGAGGUCUCUGUGCUAUCGCCCAGGCUGAGUCCCUGCGUUACAAACUCCUGGGAGGUCUUGCUGUUCGUAGGGCCUGCUAUGGUGUCCUCCGCUUCAUCAUGGAGAGUGGAGCAAAGGGAUGUGAGGUGGUGGUGUCUGGUAAGCUCAGAGGCCAGAGGGCCAAGUCCAUGAAGUUUGUGGAUGGCCUGAUGAUCCAUAGUGGAGACCCCGUCAACUACUACGUCGACACAGCUGUCCGCCACGUCCUCCUCAGACAGGGUGUAUUGGGAAUUAAAGUCAAAAUCAUGUUGCCCUGGGACCCAAGUGGUAAGAUUGGCCCUAAGAAGCCCCUGCCUGACCACGUGAGCAUCGUAGAGCCCAAGGAUGAGAUUCUUCCUACCACCCCCAUCUCAGAGCAGAAGAGUGGGAAGGCAGAGCAACCAGCUAUGCCCCAGCCAGUACCCACUGCAUAACAGGACUCUGUGACACCUGGAAUGGUGUGCCCGAAGCUCUUCUGUAAAGAUCUUUAAUAAAAUCUUUUUAAAAACA